UAGCGAGCCGCAAACAUAUGAGCGCGCGACAUGAAAGAUCUUUACGAUAAAUUGACAAGACGCGUCAAACAAUUACGUUUUCGAGCGGAAACAUUUAAAAUUAUACGAUCGAGCAGCCUCGCGACGUGAUGAAGACGAAAGGGCGAUAAUGAGCCUCGCACAGCCGACAGUUGUUCUCGAUAUCGCGAAAUUCAAGUGUAAAGGUUAAACCCGGGGAACGAGAGAACUUUCACGCGCGAGAAUGUCCACCGACCUGCUACCGGAAUCGGUGAAUUUGUUUCUCGACGACUUCGAGAGCAGUCUCUGCCUGCCCAUCCUCGUGGUGAUAGUGCUGUGCACCGCUCAGUUCGUGUUCAAUCACAUCUUCGGUAUCGGAUACACGAUCUACCAAAACAUAAAGAAGCCGACGGACGAGGAGGAGCCGCGGGACAAAACCGACAUAAUGACAAAACUCAAAGGAAUGCUGACCACUUUAGGCAUCAGAAAACAAGGCAACUCGGCUCCGAUUAAGAAUUCACCGUCACCAGCGUACGAUAUUCGAUAUCGCGAGAGGAGUGGGAUUAGCGAGGAGGACAUUGAAUGAAAUGACGAAACGUUUACUGAAUGUCAUUACAAGUGCGAUAUAAAGUAACACAAGUAA